AUGACCUCCGCCGCCCCCACCCAAAAGCAAGACCGCCUAAAAGCCCACUUCAACGACCACGCACCCACCGAACAUAGCAAACGCUGGGACGAUCUUUGGUCCGCCGGCGACUUCCUCCCCUGGGACCGCGGCUACGCAAACCCCGCGCUCAUCGACACGCUCGCCGAACGCAAAGACCUCCUUCCCUCCCCGAAAUCUGCAAGCGGAAAGAGGGCACGCGCGCUAGUGCCGGGCUGCGGCAAGGGCUACGACAUUGCGCUGUUCGCUGCCCAUGGCUAUGAUAGCUUUGGGCUGGAGGUCAGUGAGAACGCCGUGAGGGUGAGCGAGGACUAUCUGAGGGAGCCGGGUGAGGGACCGUUAGAGGGGGAGUAUAAAAUAAGCGAUGAAAAGGUCGGAAGGGGGGCGAUGAAGUGUUUGCUGGGGGACUUUUUUGAAGAUGGGUGGUUGGAAGGGACGGGUGGACUGGGAGAGGGAUUUGAUGUCAUCUACGAUAACACGUUCCUCUGCGCAUUGCAUCCGACGAUACGCCCACAAUGGGCUCAACGCAUGGCGCAAUUACUUGCUCCGGGAGGCGUGCUCAUCUGCUUGGAGUUUCCUACGCACAAGCCACCGAAAUCCGGCGGUCCGCCCUUCUCACUACCACCGACCGUACACGAGGAGCUCCUGAAGCGGCCAGGAGAGGAGAUACAGUACGGUGAGGAUGGAAAGGUCCUUAGCACGGAUAGAGCGGAGAGCGACAAAGCCUUGGUUCGUGUUGCUCAUUGGAAGCCGAAGCGGACACACCAGGUCGCUAUCAUCAAUGGCGAGAUAACAGACUGGGUGAGUGUGUGGCGGCACAAGUAA